UUUUCUUUUUAAUAAGAAGCAUUAAAAAUAGCAACAAAGAAGAGAGGCUUAUUGGAUGAACUCUGGGUUUUCAACUCUGUUUGGGAGAGGGAAUUCACGUUUGUAGAGAUAAAUGGAAAACCAAUGUGUCUUCUUUUAAAGAAAACAAAUCUGCAACGGCACCAUGAAUCUUGUCAUGCUGAGUUCAAAGACUUGUAUCCACCUGACAGCAAUUUAAGAAAAACAAAGAUACGUUCCUUAAAGGAAGAUUCAUGCACAUAUCAUCCAGGUGUACCAGUUUUUCAUGAUGCUCUAAAGGGCUGGUCAUGCUGUAAGAGAAGGACAACAGACUUUUCUGACUUCUUGAGCAUUGCGGGCUGUACAAAGGGUCUCCAUAAUAGUGAGAAACCCCCAGAGCCUGUGAAACCUGAAGUGAAAACUACCUCUGAGCGGAAGGAGUUAGCUGAUCUGAAACCUAAAUUUCAGGAGCAUAUAAUUCAAGCACCAAAACCAGUGGAAACGAUUAAUAGACCAAGCCCAGAUGAGCCAAUGACCAGUUUACAGCUGAAAGUAUCAGCUUCUCUGAAACAAGCACUAGAUAAACUGAAACUAUCAUCAGAGAAUGAAGAAGAAAAAAAAGAAGAGGAUAAUGAUGAGAUCAAAAUUGGGACCUCAUGUAAAAAUGGAGGCUGUUCAAAGACAUUUGAAGGACCACAGAGCACUGAAGAAAUAUGUAUAUACCAUUCUGGUGUACCUAUAUUCCACGAAGGGAUGAAGUACUGGAGUUGCUGUAAGAGAAAAACUUCUGAUUUUAAUACAUUUUUGUCUCAAGAAGGCUGCACGACAGGAACACAUGCAUGGACUAAAAAGGAUGCUGGGAAAAAAGUAGUUCCAUGCAGGCAUGAUUGGCAUCAAACUGGAGGUGAAGUGACUAUUUCAAUAUAUGCAAAAAAUUCACUUCCUGAACUUAGCCAUGUAGAAGCAAAUAGUACUAUGUUAAAUAUCCAUAUUAUAUUUGAAGGAGAUAAAGAAUUUGAUCGCAGUGUGAAAUUGUGGGGAGUAAUUGAUGUGAAGAGGAGUUAUGUAAACAUGACAGCUACAAAGAUUGAGCUCACUAUGAGGAAAGCAGAGCCCAUGUUAUGGGCAAGCCUUGAACUACCAAUGCCUAAGAUACAGCAAAAACAAAAUGAAGAUAUUACAGAUCAAGAAUGAAAUCCUAAAGAUAUAUAGACUGUUUCCUUAUCAUGAAGUGGUGACUUGCUACUGUAAUGCAUUUCUUUUUAAGACUUUUAUUUUCUAUAAGAUCACUUUUUACAAUAAUUCUUGCAUUCCAGAUCAGGGCAAACAAUCCAUUGUGUGAAAACCUCAUGCUUGAUCUAAUCAAGAGUGCAAGAUUUAUUGUAAAUUUAUUGAAGCUCAGUCCAUACUGUACACUAAUAUUUUUCAAGCAUCCUAUUUAGACUGGAGCUACCAGAGUAAUCGAUGUUGGACUAUACCUUUUUUUAUCUUGUUUCCUGUAAGGGUACACGAUA